CUCAAGUCUUGUCUGAAUCUUGUCAGAUGAUUAACCGAUUUUCCAGUUUUUUGUCAUAACUUCGCACAAACAAAUAUUUGCUCGUAAAACUUAAACACGAUGGGGGAAAAUUCGCAAUUAAUAUGGUGUUAUGUGUUUUUAAUCGGAGUUUUAAAUGUCCUAGGAGCGGAAUGGAACACAAACGAUUACAUGAAACGAGAGCAUUCUCUCGUGAGACCUUACCAAGGAUCAGGUAUGACGAUGCCUUACUGGGAUUUUAUGGGUAGCACCAUAGUCACGAAUAAUUAUAUCAGGUUAACACCUGAUCUGCAAAGUAAGCAAGGGGCGAUCUGGAAUUCAAUCCCAGUUAACGUGAGGAACUGGGAACUUCAGGUGCACUUCAAAGUUCACGGAAAAGGUAGAGAAUUAUUUGGCGAUGGACUUGCAAUUUGGUACGCAAAAGAUAGAAUGCAAGAAGGUCCUGUCUUCGGAAACAAGGACUUCUUCCAAGGCUUGGGGAUUAUCCUCGACACUUACAGCAAUCAUAAUGGCCCGCAUAAUCAUCAACAUCCCUACAUAUCAGCGAUGAUUAACAACGGAACUCUUCAUUACGACCAUGACAGAGACGGAACUCACACACAACUCGCAGGCUGUGAAGCGAAAUUCAGGAACCUUGAACAAGAUACCCUCAUUGCUGUGCGGUAUGAAAGAGAUACCUUGACAGUAUCAACUAUUAUGGGAACCGAUGAUAAAUGGAAGGAGUGCCUCUCUGUGAAAGGAAUAAAGUUGCCAACGGGUUACUAUUUUGGAAUGUCAGCGACCACAGGCGAUCUUUCCGAUAAUCAUGAUAUAUUAUCGGUUCGCAUGUUUGAAAUAGAUUUGCCAAAUGAGCCUAAGGAUAACGAAGAUAGGGCGAGCAUACUUCCCUCAGCAACGUUUUUCGAAGCUCCAAGAGAACACGUAGAGGAUCCAAAGCCAGCACCGGCGAGUGGAAUCAAGACCUUCUUCGCGAUGCUCCUUUGUGCCUUGGUCAUAAUCGUCUUUGUCAUUAUAGCGAUAAUGGUAUACCAAAAACGAGCAGAACAGAGUAGAAAGCGACUGUAUUAGCAUAUUUCAAUCCCAAAGUGAAACGCUUUCCUAGAAGCUAUUCUUCAGACUGCUUCAUCUUCCACCUCGAAAAUGAGACUCUCUUCGAGUUUGCGACGAAUGCUUAGCUAAAAAAGACAAUUUUACACAGUUCCACAGCAAAUAAGUCUGUUUUCGCGCCAGUGAGUCGUUUAUAAAUUAAACAGAGUUGUAGUGGACAUCUUUUUUUGUGCGUAAUAACUACUCUGGUCAUGAAAUAAGUUUAAUGUUAAUAGCAGGGAUUCUUGUAUCCGAAUACCUGUGAAAAUGAAGUGUGAAUUGAUGUCUAAAUAUUCUUUAUUAGUAAGAAGCGAAAGCGAAAACAUAAAUUCGCCCGUGAUCCUGUGAGAAGAGCUCGUUUUGCUACAUCACAAACAAUUUUUAAACAUAGAAGCGGGUACUGAUCAUGUGUUGUUAGUAUUUAUUAUAGAAAUUCCAAAGAUCGAGUGACAAUUCCUCUAUGAUCACCGUGGUGUUCACGAAUUUACAGAAAACAAUAACUAUUUGUAUUUUUCAGUGUCUUUUCUAUCUGCACUCAUUGAACAAGCUGACCAUUUCGCGAGAUCAUCGAUUACAAUUUUUAAGGCCAAUGAAUGUAUACACUUCCAACUUAGGAGAUUGGUUUUAGAGAAAGAUUGGCUAAGUUUUUUACUUGGCCAUGCGUUAUCAAAGAUUAGCACAGAAGGAGAAACUUUAACGAUAUAAAUUUUAUACCUGUACAUAAAAGGAAUGAAUUGAGACUCGACAGAGUCAAAUUAAUCUAGGUUUUCUUUGAAGUGUGACAACUUUUUUAUGUCAAGUUUGAAAGGUGUGGGGAAUUUUCCUUAGCAAAGAUAUUGUUUCAGAGAUGAAUGUCCUAAUUUUAAGAACACGUGUAAUAUAAAAGUUUUAAAGGAGCGAAUAAACAAUUCUCUCAA